GUACUGUACGCCAUAUUGACGGUUUCCGUAAUUUCUCUACAAGAAUUUUCUGCAUUCUCAUUUUUUCACCGCCGCUGUUAGAUACAGAUUACACAAAUUGAUCUGUUUUUCCUAAAUAAAAGUGAAAAUUUGAGCUUUUUUUCCUUUCAAAAAAAGAAAUUCAAUAAGUAAAAUGGGCGUACAAGUAGUACCAAUUUCACCCGGUGAUGGUAGUACAUUCCCAAAAACUGGACAGGUGGUGUCAGUACAUUAUACCGGCACAUUAGACAAUGGAACUAAGUUUGACUCAUCUCGGGAUCGUAAUAAGCCUUUCAAAUUUACACUUGGUAAAGGUGAAGUGAUUCGCGGUUGGGAUGAAGGUGUAGCUCAACUUUCUGUCGGUCAACGCGCCAAACUCAUCUGCUCACCAGACUAUGCUUACGGUAGUCGCGGUCACCCAGGUGUUAUUCCACCCAAUGCAACUUUGACUUUUGAUGUAGAACUUCUAAAAGUUGAAUAAUCUGGUCCCCCUAAUCGCGGUAUAAUAAUAGAUUAUAUGUAAGAUUAAAAAAGUAUGAUUUACUCAAAAAUUCUAGUUAGAAAUAGCGGUACUUCAUUUUCUCAAACAAAUUAGAUUUUACUUAAAUAUGUAAUUACAAUCAAUAAUACAUUAUAUCCGAUUUCAAUAUACACAAGAGUAUGAUGCACAAUUGACUUUCAAGCACAUGCAAAAAUAUCCUAAAUUUAUUAAAAGUUAAUCCACAAAAUUGAAAAAGUAGAUGCAUUCCAAUUUAGGAAAGGCAGUUGGGUAAAGAAUAUAUUUAAAAAUGCAUUUAUCGCACCAGAAAACAAUUCAAAUUUACUAUAAAUAUAAAUGUUCUUGUAAUUGUAAUGUUAUAAAUCUUGAAUUAAGCAUUACUUAAAAAAACUUUCAAUAAAUAUGAACAAAUGAA